CCAGCAUACAUUCACUCACCUCUUUGCAAGAUAACUCCCUUUCUUCAGCUUUCUCUUCUUAAUACUCGUGGCAGAUUUCUACCUCUUCGCAUCUCAGUGCCCUCUGAGCUGAUUGUCUUUUGUUCGGGGGAGACCACAGUACCAGUAGCUGGUCUCACCUAAUUAAUACCUGUUCACAUCAGCGACACAGAGAUCCAUCGAAAAUGGCAGAGCCAGAGAACUUUGAGGAAGAUUUGUUUGCCGAUCUGUACGCUGAUGAUGACACUCCCGCGAAGCAAGCACCUGCCCCAGAGGUCACCGUCGAAGCUACAGCACCAGCCGAGGUAAAGAAAGAACAGCCAGCAGAAAAUACCGAGAGUGGCAAUGGAGACGAGCAGAAGAAUGGCAGUGAACAGGAUGGGGAUGACGAGAUAGAUUUUAAUCUUGGCAAUGGAAAUAGCUAUGAUGCUCCUGCUGCAACAAACCAGCAAGAGUCGCAUGGACCAGGCAUCAAGGAAGAUGGGUAAGAUAGCAGUAUUUUUCUUUUACAUUUAAUCUUUCUGCGAAAUCUAGCACAUACAUGACCGUAGUUACACGAGCAGCGCAAGCAGCGGUCUCGUUUUGAACUGCAACUACCGGCACAAAGCGGGGAAUGACGGGCAACUCUAUGCCGAUCUGUGCAUGUUGAAGGUCAGGGCACCAGGGCACGAGCUUUGGGACAUCAAAAAAACUGGGCUUUGGGAGUGAGGCUGGUUGGACGGGUGGCGUACAAAUCACAGGCAGCACUGGGAUUGAACGAACUGAAAUCAAGGACGUGGUUACUUUGAGAGCCAAAUCGACUGGCACUGAAACUAUUGAAUCGAUGGUUGGCUUGCUCUGCUGGAAGGAGAUGCCAAGGCAAAAAAUUGGGCG